UCAACUCAAUCCAUCAAUAUUCAAGCCCAAUAGUUUUGUUUUUCCCUUCAAUUUCUUUUCGACGAAUAUGUUUGAGAUUUUAAGGGAUGGGACUGGGAGUGUUAGGAAGGACAGGCCUUGUCCGCUGCGCCUUCCUCAGAUUCGCUGCCAGUGAAAUCUAGGGUUCAUUCGCUGGAUUCACGGCGCAGGAGGCACCCAAUUCAUCUUCUGCAUUGUUUCGAUCGUUCAAUACAACGAGGCCGCUCUCCGUGUCGGAGCUGCCACAUUGCUUGGAUCCAGCAUUUAGGUGACAAUUAAAGUUUGUUGGUAUGUGCUCAAGUGGAGUAGAGCAAAAUUAUACCUUGCGAGGAAGAUGCAAGAUCUGUCACUUCAUUCUACUUUGAGUGAUGCUCAAUGGAUAUGCGUCCACUAAAAGAACCAAUAACAUCUUGAGAUUCUCUUGGAUAGCCGAAGCAGUAAAGUCUGUCCCAAUGAUUGAUUUAUCACAUAUUUAUUGAUAAGGAUGAUUUCUGUGACACACAUGUAUCCUGGCUGAUUCAUAGGUUUGUUCAGCUACUGGUUGAACAUGGACUAGAUUUGCUUCAAAAGUAGAUACAGGCCUUUGAUUCCUGUUAAAUAAAGUUGGAGUUGAUACAGGAUAAGUUCAUUACAGUCAGCACUGUGUCUAUCUGGAAUAUUAUCUGCCUAGCUAAGACCUAGUCAUAAUUGUUAUCAUCUUUUGUUCAUGCGAAAAAUAUCUUGCAGACAUUCAAUUGGAUUUUCUGCUAGAAUUUGGCGAAUUAUGACUUUUCCUCAUCAACUAUUAGAAAAAAUAUAUGCAAACUGAAGGAAAUAAAAAAAUGUCCAUCUUCUACAUAGUCUGAUCUUAGGUAGUCAAAUGAUCAAUAUUGAUGGUAUUCUUAUGCAAACAUGUCAACAGAGCAUAUAUAAUGGAAUUUUUAUAUGGCAUAUUUCAUUGUUGGCAUUUUCACUCAGUUUUCACUUUUGUAGAAUUAUACAAGAUGAAAAGGCUUCAUACAUGAUGCAAUGUAUUAUUUGUUUUUGACAAUGAAUCCAGAUAAGACAAGCUUACCAAGCAUUUAACUAGAAUAUCUAGUAUGUUACAGAUAAAAUACAAUCUGCACAAAAAUUGCUAAUCUUCCUAUUGUUGCAUUUUAAAUUUUAAACUUCUAUUUAAAAAAAAAAAAUCAUAACUAGAGUUCAAAUGUUUCCACUUUUUAUCUUUGGCAAAAUCUACAAUCCAUAGUUUUGGCAUUUAUCAACUAAAAAAAAACUAGUGAUGUGUUUAUGAACACAAGGAUAUUUCCUUUGUGAUUUACUGUAUUGUCCUGAUGCAGCAUUUUGUAUAUUCGAUAUUGUGAUGCGAAUAUUCUUGAAAGUUUGUAGAUCGCUUGGUUCUUUGUCUCAUAUAUAUCUGUUUGAUUCUGUAUUAGCUUAUCCCAUUCAAUUUUAUAUUUUGAGGAAAAUGAACAUGCCGUACGAUAAUGAAUGUGAUGUAGAAUGAACAUGAACUAAGCCUCACAGAGAAUUGAAAGUAGAAAAUUUUUAUUAAUUGAAAGCUACAUAGAGACUAUGUGUUUUAUUGCCUCAAUCCUAAUGAAAACUAGGAAUUCAGGAGAUACAUUUAUCCAUAUUAAUUAACUAUCCAAAAUAAAAGGUAACAAAUCAAGAUAGACUAAUUACUAAACAACUAGAUCUAUUACCAAUCAACUCAAAUCUGAAUUCUAUAUCAAACAUUCUCAAAUUUGAUUACUUUUUUGCAUCAUUAAUGAGCUGAUGAUGUAAUUGGAGAACAUUUUGGUAAUAAUUCCAAAUAGAGAAAAAGAAUUAAAUUGGAGAAUAUUUGAAUUUUGAAUUCCAAGUUGAGGUGUUUGGUAAUAGUUCUAGUUGUUUGUUAAUUAGUCUAUUUUGACUUGUUAUCCUUCAUUUUGGUAGUCAAUUAGUGAGAAUAAUUGUAUUUUUCAAUUUACUUAUUUCUUUACUAGUUUUUAUUAGGAUCAAGUAUAUAAAAGUCCUAAUCUCCUACGUUAACCUCUGAUACUUGGAUUUCUUCAUCUACCUUUUUUCAUGUCAAAUACCAACACUCGAACAUUCUUAGUGAACUUUCGAUAUUUAUAUUGAUUACAUGUAAACAGAUUUAGAAAACUGUGUCUAGCACUUGGAUUCACAUGGUACAAUUCUGAAUAACACAGGAACAAACAGUGGAGAGGAAUUUCAUCUAAAUGAAAUAACUCAAGAUGUGUUCGGGACUGUAGCAGUUGCAUUAUUACCUCCUAUUUAUAGAGACAAUGAUCUGGGCAUAUAACUGGUUUCAGGGGUUCCUAGAUGAACAAUUUUUUCAGAUAGAAGAGCUGCAAGAUGAUGUUAGCCCUAAUUUUGUGGAGGAGGUUGUAACCUUGUUCUUCAAGGACUCAUCGAGACUAAUGGGCAACAUUGAUCAUGCCCUAGAGAAGUUUCCUCAAGAUUUUGAUCGGCUGGACUCACUAAUACACCAACUAAAGGGUAGUGCUUCCAGCAUCGGUGCUGCGAAGAUGAAGAAUGAAUGCACUUUUUUCAGAGAUUUCUGUGACAAAGAAAAUCAAGAAGGAUGCAUAAGAUCAUUCCAAAAGGUUAAGAAGGAGCACGCAUGCUUGAGACAGAAGCUGGAGAAUUAUUUCCAGUUGCUCAGGCAAGUCGGUCCAGUUGCAAAAGCUACUCGAUCUGGCAAUUAGGAAGAAGGGAGGAUCCUGCAUCGAUACAUAUGCAGCACUGCGAGCUUGAUAAGCUUAAAGUUUAGUAGUGUAAUGCUUACUAGCUAAAUGGCGUGCAUGGCGAUGAUUAAGCAAUGCUAUUGUAGGAGAUGUAUUGACAUGUAAAAUUGUAUCUUUAUUAUGAAAGAUUUAGUGUUCUGAAAGCCCAACAGGAUUGCAGAUUCAACUAGUUAAUCUCCCCAAA